AUGAUAUUGUCACAUCUAUGGCUCCCUCGAUGUAGCCCCUCUCCAUUACGGCGCGUCAAUCCGUCGGUGUUGAGAAGACCUACUCCCCCACGAUUUCUCGCUUCACGUCGCUGGCAGUCGAUAUCAAUUUCUCGUGUCGCGGGAGGAUGUGGUGCUGAAAUCCGCGGAGUCGAUCUCAAGAACAUCAACAAGACUACGGCCGCAACGGUCCGUCAAGCACUUCUCGACCAUAAUGUCGUCUUCUUCCGAGAGCAAGAUCUCACACCAGCGGAAUUUCUCUCUUUCGCCUCGUUUUUUGGCAAACCAGUCGAAUACCCCUUCGUCUCGGGAAUCGAUGGCUAUCCCGAAGUGAUAGAGGUCCUCAAAAAGGAGACGGAGACAGGGGCCAAUUUCGGUGGAGUCUGGCAUAGCGACACGACUUAUCUGCCAGAACCACCCAUGGGAUCCAUCUUGCUCGCUCGAGAAGUUCCUUCUGUUGGCGGUGAUACCAUGUGGAGUAAUCAGUAUGCUGCGUAUGAGGCUUUAUCGUCUGGACUCAAGGAGGUUCUGGGUCAGUUACGUUGCGUGCAGAGUUCGGCGAAAGCAGACGCUUCUAAGACUCGCGAGGAUCGAGUCAAGGAUUCUGGACGAGGAGCUGAACAUAUGGAAGCUUUGCAUCCUGUGGUGCGGACCCAUCCUGAAACGGGAAGAAAGGCGCUGUUUGUGAAUGUGGCGCAUACUACUAAGUUUGACGGGUGGACUGAGGAGGAGAGUAUGCCGUUGUUGAAGUUUUUGUUUGGACAUCAGGUGAAGUUGGAAUUCACUUGUCGGUUGAGAUGGGAUCCUGCGAUGCUGGUCAUGUGGGACAAUCGAUCCACAUUGCACUAUCCUUUGAACGAUUACCAUGGUCAGCGGAGGCGUAUGCAUCGAAUCACACUUGCUGGAGACGUGCCGCGGUAG